CAACUUCGCCUCAGGCACCAACGAAAGGCACUUUACCCGAUCAGGAGCCAAUGGCAAGCGGCUGAAUUAUUGGACGUCACUGUCGGGGGUUUGACAAGGCCGCCUACUCGACUUUCCUGAGACUCUCUAGUUCAUCUCACAAGAUAAACCAUUCCCACAGAAACCACAAAACCUGGAGCUUUUCGCGGCCCUGUAUAUCAACAGCAAUAGGUCGCCAUCGAAGAAAAUCGCGGCGCAAGCACGGCCGCUCGCGCGCUGCCAUGGGCAACGAAUCCUCGACUGUGGUGGAUGAGAACACCCCUACCCAGGUUCUGGAGGCACGGAACAUCGAUGCAGUCGCAAAGUAUAUCCAAGAGAAGAAUGUCCGGCACAUUGUGGUCAUGGUGGGAGCUGGGAUAAGCACCUCGGCAGGUAUCCCCGACUUCCGCUCACCAGGCACGGGGAUCUACGACAAUCUAGCGCACCUGGACUUGCCUGAUGCCGAAGACGUGUUUGAUAUCGGCUUCUUUCGGAACAACCCAAGACCCUUCUACGCGCUGGCUCGCGAGCUGUACCCUGGAAAAUUCCGCCCGACGGUUGCGCAUUGCUUCAUCAAGCUGCUGCACGACAAGGGUCGCCUACUUAAGCAUUUCACUCAGAACAUCGACUGCCUCGAGCGGCAGGCGGGUCUACCUGGGGAGAUGAUCAUUGAGGCCCAUGGCAGCUUUGCUUCGCAGCACUGCAUCGACUGCAAGGCACAGUUCCCAGACGAGCUCAUCAAGAAAGCAGUCCAGACUGGAGAGGUCCCCCGCUGCCUUGAAUGCAAGGGUUUUGUCAAGCCAGACAUUGUCUUCUUCGGCGAAGCCCUGCCGGAGGAAUUCUUUCUCAACCGACAUCUACCUGAGGAUGCGGACCUAUGUAUUGUGAUGGGUACCAGUUUAUCCGUCCAGCCAUUUGCCAGCCUUCCUGGUUUCUGUAAAGACGGCGUGCCCCGCGUCCUGAUCAACAUGGAACGUGUCGGCGGUAUGGGGUCACGGCCCGACGAUGUCCUGCUCCUAGGGGACUGUGACGCUGGAGUGCGGAAGUUUGCUAAGGCACUGGGUUGGCUAGAGGAACUGGAGGCUCUCUGGGAGAAAACCAACCCGGACAAAGAAGCGAGGGACUGCGAAAACGCACCCCUCAAGACCCGAGAUGAGCGACUGAAAGACGAAGUGGAAAGACUUACCAACGAAGUCGAUCGCUCGCUCAACAUCACAAGCGCAUACGAGAAACGUGUCAGACAGCAGCUGGAGAAGCAGCCCGCAGACAUGACGAGCGUAUCCAAAGCUGCACAUACCGUCGACGAGAGUGCCGGCGGAGGUCUCGCGCAUGUCUUCCCUCAUAUUGCCGGCCAACAUCCCUCUCUCUAGUUAGCGGUCAACCGCAGACACCCAUUGCGACGUGAUCGACAAAGCUCAGUGAAACGAUUGGAUGGAUUUAGCAGGACACCAUCAAUAAAUCCUAUAUACCAAGGAGUAUGGCGUCUGACACAAGCACUGCACCAUCCAAAUGGGAGACUAUUGAGGAUCCUAACGAUCUUGGUGCGGGGAGUUCCAGACUUGGGAUUGAAGACUUUCCUCCUAGCCAACACCGGCGAGGCUGUGUUGGCCCGUCACAAAACACUCUGCAUUAGACUUAUCAGGUUUUUUUUUUUUUUUUUUU